AUGGGUUACACAGGAAUUUCAACGACUGGAGAUUGGACAACGCGUACUUUUUCUUUCAACCUUGUUGCCAUCAUGAAGCUCGUUCACAUUGUCAUUGCCAAGUUCAAGCCUGAAAUCAGCGAAGAGAUUCGUCAAGAAGCUUGUAACCAUGUUCUCCGCCUCAAGAAUGAUAUUCCUCAGAUCCUGACGUGUACUGCAGGCAAGACUUUCACCGAGAGAAGCAAGGGAUAUGAAUGGGGAUGGGUCGUUGAGCUUGAGAAGAAAGAGGAUUUACCCGUGUAUGCCGAGCAUCCUGCCCAUCAAGGCUUUUUGACAAAGUACAAGCAUAUGUUUGAAGACUUGAUUGCUCUCGAUUACAUGUGUUAG